UCAAUUUCUGCCUGAUCAAUGCCCUUGAUCAAUGUCCCCCCACCUCCAGGGACCCAAAGUUGAUCAUCAACUCAGGCUACAAUCCAUUGCUCACUUCCUAAGAACUAGCAGGAGCUUGCACUGUGGCUGUUUAAGUCACAGAGACUUUUCUGAUGCUCCUUCAGAGCUGUGGGGCCCUCAGUUGGGGGUCCUAAAACCAAGAUUCAAAAUGGAGUUGGCCACUAGUGACACUUGUCCUCUCCUAUCCUCCUCUCUCAUCUCCCCUCCCCACCCAGGCCUGCUUGGACCCUCCCCAUCUCUGAUCUUUCUUUCUGGUUAGCUGGGUAUAAAUUGGGAGGGAGGUACCACAGAGGGCAGAGGCCUGGAAGGGAGGGGCCUUUGGGAUUAUAAAUUCUGAAAAGGCUGCUCUCAGAGCUGGAUCCCUGAGAUUCUCUGUCAGCACCCUCGCCAUGAAACACCUGCUGCUGCUCACUCUGUCUGCCCUGCUCUGCUGCUGGGUCUCAGCUGACACUAGAUGUCACUCCUGCUACAAGGUCCCCGUGCUGGGAUGUGUGGAUCGCCAGUCCUGUCGCCUGGAGCCAGGCCAAAAAUGCCUGACGACAAAUGUGUACCUUGGGAAGAUGUGGGUUUUCUCUAACCUGCGCUGUGGCACGCCAGAGGAGCCUUGUAGGGAGGCUUUCAACCAAACCAACCACAAGCUGGGCCUGAACUACAACACCACCUGCUGUGACAAGGACAACUGCAACAGCCCAGCUCCAAGGCCUGCACCUGCUCUGGCUCUCGUUUCCCUCACCUCCUUGGCUGGCCUUGGCCUCUGGUUGUUGCAUUGAGUCAGUCCAUGGCUGCGCCCCUCCCAUCCGCUGUAGCCUGAGCCUUUCUCCCUCAGAACUCCAGCUCUCCAGCAUGCUCUCCCCUCACCCCUGGCCCCUUUCCUUAAGACCAUGUCCCUAUUGUUCCACUUGUUUUGUGGGACAGUGCCUAGAGUGGUCUUUCUAGCCACCCCUCUCAUCUGGCACUCUCCACCCCAUUUUUCACCAAGUCCUUUCCCAUUUCCUUGGAGACCACUCUACCUCCUUCACUGGCCACUGGAAGGGCUCCCUCCUUGGAAAUACACCAAUGUGACCCUGGGAUGUGGACCUGGAUGGACCACUGUCUUGUCUCCAGUGAGUGACCCCAAAGGGCCCGCUAACCUCACUGCAUGGGGUUGAUUCACUAAGCCCUUUGCUCAGCUCUUUCCAUCUUGAGAAAUAAAUGUCAGCGUCCGAAAAAC